AUGGUGAAUAGUACAGAAGUAACAGAGUUCAUCCUCUUGGAAUUAACAGAUGACCCCAACCUCCAGGUUCCCCUCUUCCUGGUAUUUUUGUCCAUCCACGUCAUCACUUUGGUUGGGAAUGGGGGGAUAAUGCUGAUUAUCUACUCAGACUCCCACCUCCACACUCCAACGUACUUCCUCCUCAGCAACCUCUCCUUUGUCGAUCUGGGUUACUCAACAGCUGUAGCUCCCAAGACAGUGGCUGCACCACACUUGGGGGACAGAGUCAUCUCCUACGACAGAUGUGCUGCUCAGUCCUUCUGCUUCGUGGGUUUUGCCACCGUUGAGUGCUACCUCUCCGUAGCCUAUGACUGCCAUGCAGCGGUGUGCAGGCCGCUUCAUUACACCACCACCAUGACGGCCGGUGUGUGUGCCUUCCUCACAACGGUCCUCAACGCCUGCGUCCACACAGCAGAUACCUUCAGACUCUCCUUUUGUGGUUCGAGUGAGAUUAAUCACUUUGUUUGCGACAUCCCUCCACUCCUGGCUCUCUCCUGCUCCAACACACGUGUCAGCAAGCUGAUGGUUUUGUUUGUCGUGAGCGUCAACGUCUUUUUCACCCUCCUGGUCAUCCUCGUCUCUUACCUCUUCAUAUACGUUGCCAUCCAACGGAUGCAUUCUGCGGGAGGAAGGAAGAAAGCCUUCUCCACCUGUGCGUCCCACCUCACUGCAGUCUCCAUCUUCUACGGAACCAUCAUCUUCACGUACUUAUAGCCCAGCUCCACCCAGUCUGUGGACAUGGAUAAAAUAGCAUCUGUGUUUUAUGGGAUGGUGAUUCCCAUGCUGAAGCCCCUGAUCUACAGUCUUAGGAACAAAGAAGUAGAAACUGCUCUCUGGAAAAUACUCGACAAACUUAAUCCCCAGUGUUGA